CCCAGCCCCCGAGUCCCACCUCUGGCGGCCCCUUCUCCGCGGGGCAGCUCGCCGGAGUGGCCAGCGCGUGAAAAGAAGGGCGGGCAGAGCUCCGGCGCGCGGCGCGGCGCAGCGCGGCUCCCAGAUUUCACCCCGCCCAGCUCUGGCGACCGCGGCCGCCGCAGGAAAACUGCCCCAGCCUGGGGAGGAGGGCGGGAAUGCAAGAUCAGGACCCCUCGCUGGCCUGCAAGAUUUGGUCUCGACAGCUAGGAAACUCGUGCGGGCCGAGUCUGCAGAUCCCGGAGCGCCCGGGGUAGGAGACGCUUAGCCCCGAGCAACUGGGGUAAGACCUCCCACCUGGCCGACGGUCCCUCCUCAAACGGAACAGCAGCCUCCUGCUGCAGACGCCCCGGUGGGAGCCGGAGCGCGGCGGGGCUCUGUGGACCAGCCCUUAGCCACCCGGGGCUAAGACGGGGCGUAGAGGGGAGCAGCCAGAGGCGCGGCGGCAGCGACGGGCGCACCGAAGUGCAGGGCACGCGCCCGCCGGCCUCGUCCGCCUCGCCCUUGACCUGUAGUUUCACCAGGGAACCUGGGUGGAGGAGUAACUGAGGAACCCACGGAACCGACUAGCCACCAGGGGACAAGACUCUGGUCCCUUCCUCGUCCGCUCCAUGCCCGAGAGCUGCGCUUGGAGAGACAUGGAGGAAGCGGGCGCUCAGUGCGCCCCGCCGCUGUCCGUGAGCUCCCAGACCGGGCUCCCUCCAGCCAACCUCUCUGCCGCUCCCUCCCACAACUGCAGCGCCGAGGGCUACAUUUACCAGGACUCCGUAGCCCUGCCCUGGAAGGUAGUACUGGUCAUGCUGCUGGCGCUCUUCACCUUGGCCACCACGCUCUCCAACGCGUUUGUGAUCGCCACUGUGUACCGGACGCGGAAGCUGCAUACCCCCGCCAACUACCUGAUCGCCUCCCUGGCGGUCACCGACCUGCUGGUAUCCAUCCUGGUGAUGCCCAUCAGCACCAUGUACACGGUCACGGGCCGCUGGACGCUGGGCCAGGCGGUGUGCGACUUCUGGCUGUCAUCGGACAUCACCUGUUGCACCGCUUCCAUCUUGCACCUCUGUGUCAUCGCCCUGGACCGCUACUGGGCGAUCACGGACGCCGUGGAGUACUCGGCUAAAAGGACUCCCAAGAGGGCGGCGGUCAUGAUCGCGCUCGUGUGGGUCUUCUCCAUCUCCAUCUCGCUGCCGCCCUUCUUCUGGCGUCAGGCCAAAGCCGAGGAGGAGGUGUCGGACUGCGUGGUGAACACGGAUCACAUCCUCUACACUGUCUACUCCACGGUGGGCGCCUUCUACUUCCCCACCCUGCUCCUCAUCGCCCUCUAUGGCCGCAUCUAUGUGGAAGCCCGCUCCCGGAUUUUGAAACAGACGCCCAACAGAACCGGCAAGCGUCUGACCCGAGCCCAGCUGGUUACUGACUCCCCCGGGUCCACGUCUUCGGUCACCUCCAUUAAUUCGAGGGCUCCAGACUUACCCAGCGAAUCGGGGUCUCCUGUGUACGUGAACCAAGUCAAAGUGCGAGUCUCCGACGCCCUGCUGGAGAAGAAGAAACUCAUGGCCGCUAGGGAGCGCAAAGCCACCAAGACCCUGGGGAUCAUUUUGGGAGCGUUCAUUGUGUGUUGGCUGCCCUUCUUCAUCAUCUCCCUGGUGAUGCCUAUCUGCAAGGAUGCCUGCUGGUUCCACCUGGCCAUCUUUGACUUCUUCACGUGGCUGGGCUAUCUCAACUCCCUCAUCAACCCCAUCAUCUAUACCAUGUCCAACGAGGACUUCAAACAGGCGUUCCAUAAACUGAUACGCCUUAAGUGCACAAGUUGACUUGUCAACUUCAGUGGGGUCGCCUAAGCGGCCUUUGGGGGACCAUGCUGUGUCUGGUUCCACAGGUAGGUCGACUCUUUGACUGUUACCGGGUCGGAGUGAGGCGCUCUCUUCUGAGCAAGGGCAACGGAUCCUGAGAAGCCAGGACAGCCCUGCGAGAGCUCUAAAGGAGAACUGUUCAAACAGCUGAGGAGGGGGCUCACUUUCUCCCCUCAAAGCCCAGUUUCAGCACCGACCCUGCCGCAGAUCAUCGCAAGGGGGGUUGCAACUUUUAGAAAAUCGAUGAUGGAAAAGGGAUCCCUGCCCUGCUUUGGUAUCAUGGAUGGUGCCCUCUAGAACCAGAAGUACUUGUGGUUCUUGGCUGGAGCCUGUCUGAGACAUGAUCUACGUACAGCCUGGUAGUACUUGAACUAGACACUAAUACCCUGUGUUUGAGGGAGUACUUUGUGUUACAGCUCCGUUUAAGGACAGUUACUUUGGCAUCCUUCAGUCUUCAUUCAGUUUUUGUUCAUUUAAACUUGGUUGGAGAAACUUGUGGAUUUGGUGCUUCAAACCCUAUGUGUGGCUUGAAGAGUUAACAGCAAA